AACAAACUCCCGUGCACUUCUGGGAAAACAUGGCCGCUGCCAUAAUAACUGCAUCUAACCAGCGUCCUUUAGCUUGUUUUUGUAUUUAAUAUAAAGUAGCUACAAAUAUAGAAAGCUUGAACGCGAAUUAAACACAAUGCCUAAAUACUACGAAGAGAAAGAGGAUGAUGGUCGCGCCUGUGCUGGAAUCAGAGAGGAUUUUAAAGCCUGUCUCCUUCAGCAUGACUGUGUGAUAAAGGAAGGAAAGAAGCCCAGUGAGUGUCUAAAGGAGGGUCACUGCAAAGGCCUGCAAGUCUCUUUCUUUGAAUGUAAAAGAUCAAUGCUGGACACACGGUCCCGAUUCAGAGGCAGAAAAGGCUACUAAGUGGACUGUACUACAAGGAGCCAGAGCUGGAUCUGAAUAGAUGAUGAGACUUGUGUUUAUCUGUAAAUAUGAGCUUUAAUCAACAACGUACUAUAAUGCACCACUAAAGUUUUAUAAAUACUGUUGUUUAAUUGUUGUCAUUUUGUCUACAUUAAAAAGUCAUCACCCUG